GGGCCGGUUUGUGCUGUAGGCAAGCAAGAGUCUGGAGGUUCGACUAUUUCUAUAGGGGAACGACCAAGAUUGCUGCAAGAUGACAAGUCCAGCGGUUGUGUCUCCAGACUCCUCCAGCGAUAAAUCCAGUCGCCUUUACGUCUUGACCUGGGCCAACAAUCAGCUGAAGACAAGCUUCAGAGAUGUGCGGCACAUGGGCUCAGGGGCCUCUCACUGUCAGAUCAUGGACUGGGUUAUUCCUGGAUCUGUUGACCUGACCAAGGUGAAGUUUGAUGCAAAAGAUGAGGAUGACUAUAGGCACAACUUCAGGCUGCUCAGUGAGGCCUUAAGCAAGAACAGCAUCGUAAAGGCCAUUCCAGUUGAGGAGCUCAUAAAAGGGGAGGUUCGAAGCAGCUUUGAGAUCCUGAAGUGGUUCAAAGCUUUCUUCGUGGCAAAUGUGAAAAGUGAAGACUACGACCCUGUGAAAGCUCGAGACGGCCGUGAUAUCAGCCCCAUCCUGGAACAUACCAUUAUACGUCCCAGGCAACGUAAAUCGAAACCUAAAAUGGAGUCAGACACGGAGGAGAAUGGCACAGGGACAAAAACUAAGUUCUCUUUCUCUGACAAGUGGAAGGAAAUGUUUGACUGGGCUGAGCAGAGUGCUCAGGGAGAGCACUACACAUACUGCCGCUUUUGUGAUAAGAACCUGGUGACAUAUCAUAGAGGCCUUAUUGAACUCAAGCGACAUGUGGACACCAAAAAACACAACAAAAGCGCUGCAGCCUCCGCGAGUGUGAGACUAAGCCAACUGCCUGAGCCACUGCCUUGCAGCAAAGCAGCCAUUCGAUUUAUUUACAAACAGUUUUAUUCUGGCUCUGCUGAAGGCGAACAGGUGUCAAGCGAUUUUGCACGCUUUAAACUGGGGCCGCAGUACCCCAAAGAUAUUGCAUCCGUUUGCCAGCACACGCCUUACUGUGUAUACAUUUAUGGAGGGGUAACACUGGAAAAGGACGACACUGUCUCUGUGGUCCUUGUUGGGUUUUUUGAUGUCGAGGCCUCCAGGCACUGUGUCCGAUUUGUGGAUGCUCUUCAGUCAGUGGGUGGUGAGGAAGAUCAGACGGCGGCAGCAGUGGUUGAAACCUUGGAGAAAUUCAAGUUACCCUCAGAUAAUCUUGUGGCUGUUUACUGUGAUGGUAACGGAGCGGCCUUGGAGCAGAUCUGCUCGCAGCUCAGGGAACUCAACCCCAACUUAAUAGCCUUGAGAGGGCUGUACACCGUCGCUGAUGCUGCUUGCCAUGCAGUCAUUAAAGCGCUUUCCAAUCAGGUUCAAGAGCUGAUAGGAGAUAUUCAUGCUCACCACUCGUCCUGCACUACUGAGAACAACAACCUCACAGCCCUUUUUGGUUCAGACAGUGUGCAAAGUCCAUUGUUUCAUGUCAACACCAGCUGCCUUCAGUUUUGCCUUUUUGUCAAAAAAAUGCAGGAAAUAUGGACAGAUCUUGUAUUAUACUUUGAGUCUUGCAACAAGGAAGACAACAAAGCCAAGUCAAUCCACUCCCGGCUGCUGGAUCCUAAACUCAGGGCAACAUUUAUGUGUCUGGAGCAGUCACUGAAACCUCUGCACAGUUUCCAGAGGCAUCUACAGACAAAAAAGGAAGGUGCCAGAGCAGACAUGCUGCUUAUCCUAGAGGAGGCCAGUAGCCUGCUGGGGACCUACACCUCCUUCUUCCUUCAUCCGCAAGCUGCUGCUCGCUUCCUCAAAGAACACGAUCCUCAAAUCCUUAAGAACAAGAAAUUCCACUUGUUGAGCCCUGAGCUCAAUCUGGGUGGUAAAGCUGUGGAAGACUCCCUGAAAGAGUCGAAAGCUGCAGACGCACUGCCACUGCUAACAGAGGAGGUUUUGUCCCUCUGCAUUGCGCUCACAGGUUGCAUUGCAGAAGAGCUGCCCUUGAGUGAUGGGGUGCUAAGGAGUGUUGCGCAGCUGCUGAAUCCCCAGAGCCGGGAGGAGGUGACAGGGAAAUCUGUUGAGGAACUUGGGACCAAGCUGGGAAUCUGCAGUUCCCCUGCUGAGGUCAACCAGCUAUCAAGGGAAUUCCUUAAGUAUCAGCUGGCAGAGGAGGGAGAGAAGGAAAACCCAGAAGUGGCGUCACUAGAGAAACACUGGGCCAGUGUGCUGAAAGACACCAAACCAACCUCUAUCUUCAGGAAGCUUGUCUUGACCCUGUUGUCUUUCCCCUGUCCUCCACUUCAAGCUCGGCAGCUUUUUACUCAGGCUCUGGAGAGUGAAGACUUUGCAUUGUUCUCGGAGAGUGAAUGUGACAUCACGUCUGACAGUAUUCUCUCUGAUAGCACCAGCUACAAGGACUCCCCAGAAGAUUCAAAUGGACAUUCUCUGACAGUGAAACCAUGUGAAGUCCGUCUUAGAAAGAUAAAUGAAUUAAAAGAUGAUGGUGACCGUAUUCUUGGAGAGAAGGGCGUCAUUUGGAAAGAGGGGAACGUUAGGGGGAGUUAUGGCUGGGAGAGCAGCUUGCGCCAGAAGCCACAGGCCCGUACAGUGUUUCAGGCUGGUGAAACCAACGGGUCCAAACUUGAUAAGGGUCCGGAGUCCAAAGAUGAGGUGACUGAAGAGGAAUCAUCACCAAUUAAAUCAACUCCAAGAGCACGACGGAAACAAGCCUACCAGGAUGGAAAAGGCUUUCCGAUAGGAGAGCUGGUGUGGGGAAAAGUGAAGGGGUUUUCCUGGUGGCCUGGGAUGGUGAUGCCUUGGAAAACAAAGUCCUCUCCUCCCAGUAUGCGGCGUGUGGAGUGGUUCGGAGACGGGAUGUUCUCAGAGAUGUACACAGAGAGUCUUCUACCAUUAGGUCACUUCACAAAGUGCUUCUGUAAAAACUCCUUUGCCAGCUUGCCCGUCUACAAACAAGCCAUCUUCCAAAUCAUUGAGCUGGCAGGUGAGCGAUGUGAAAAGACUUUUGCAUCGGCAGAGGAUAAAGAAAAAGAGCUGUCGCUGAUGGUGGAAUGGGCUCUUGGAGGAUUUUUGCCUACAGGACCAGAUGGAUUCGCACCUCCUGAUUCUGCUCCAAAUAAUGGACUGCAGGACUCUUCUGACUCCAAUCUGUCCGACUACCAGCCUCCAGCAAAAAGGAAAUAUGUUUACAAAAAUAAGGCGAACACACAAGCCAUCAUCUUCAACAGAGAAUCGAUACCUGAAAAGGUCAAACAGAAUGGGAAAACAAUCGAAGAUGUUUGUUUGUGUUGUGGAUCUUCUGAGAUUGAAGUGGUGCACCCGUUGUUUGAAGGUGGCCUUUGUCUAAAAUGCAAGAUGAACUUCACAGAGACGCUGUAUCGCUACGAUGAAGACGGCUACCAGUCGUACUGCACCGUGUGCUGUGCCGGCUUGGAGGUCAUUCUGUGCGGCAACGCCAGCUGCUGCAGAUGUUUCUGUAAGGACUGCCUGGAAAUCCUGGUGGGUCCAGGAACCUUUGACAAAAUGAAAGAUAUUGACCCCUGGAGCUGCUACUUUUGCAAGCCAGCACAGUGCGAGGGGAACCUCAAACUCAGACCGGACUGGAGUGUCAAGGUUCAAGACCUCUUUGUCAACAACAGUGCCAUGGAGUUUGAGCCUCACAGAAUUUAUCCCUCCAUCUCUGCCGACCUGCGCAGGCCAAUCAGGGUGCUUUCUCUUUUUGACGGCAUUGCAACAGGAUACCUGGUGCUCAAAGACCUCGGCCUUAAAGUCGAGCGAUACAUCGCUUCAGAGAUUUGUGAGGAUUCUAUCGCUGUGGGGAUGAUCAAGCACGAGGGGAAGAUAGAAUAUGUCAAUGAUGUUCGUACCAUCACCAGGAAACACCUGGCUGAAUGGGGUCCAUUUGACCUUCUGAUUGGAGGAAGUCCUUGUAACGACCUGUCCAUGGUCAAUCCUCUUCGAAAAGGAUUAUUUGAGGGCACUGGAAGGCUUUUCUUUGAGUUCUACCGCAUCUUGACCCUGUUGAAGCCGAAGGAGGGCGACGACCGGCCGUUCUUCUGGUUGUUUGAGAAUGUGGUUUUCAUGAGUGCAAACGACAAGUCAGAUAUCUGCCGAUUCCUUGAGUGUAAUCCGAUUCUCAUAGACGCUGUGAAGGUCAGUCCUGCUCACAGAGCACGCUACUUCUGGGGAAACCUCCCCGGCAUGAACAGGCCUCUUGCCACGUCUCUAGAUGACAAAGUAAGCCUUCAGGACUGUUUGGAAGUCGGACGCACGGCAACGUUUGACAAAGUCCGCACCAUCACAACAAAGAGUAACUCUAUAAGGCAGGGCAAGACGGGGCCACUUCCUGUCAACAUGAACGGCAAGGAAGACUACCUGUGGUGCACCGAGAUGGAGCAGAUCUUUGGCUUCCCCAAACAUUACACAGACGUGAACAACAUGGGUCGGAGUCACAGGCAGAAGGUCCUGGGUCGCUCCUGGAGUGUUCCUGUGAUUCGUCACCUCUUCGCUCCGCUGAAGGAUUAUUAUGAAUGUGAAUAACCACUGUGAACUGACUCUCCACACUCUGGUUGGAGAAGCAGCAGUAAACCUACUGCCUUAUCCUGCCCUGCAUUUCAAGGUAUUUCAACCCCGCUCUGUAUCAGAAAGACCUCAUUUUGUUUUUUUUACUGACUCUCUAUGUUUUCUAUUUUUUUUUUUAAACUGUGAUUCGUAAAUCAUACACGGUCCACCAGCAGGCACCGACACUUUUUAAAAGGUUCCCUCUGAUAAAUGAUGGUGCUGUUAUACAAACAAUACUGUUGUUCAGGGUCUGGAUCAGGAAGCAAGUUUCCAUGGUGCGCCAGCUAUCUUUGGGCUUGUCUCAGGUUUUUUCAGUGUCAUGAAACUGGUUCAUUUUUAACAGAUCACCACGUUAUCUCUCAGCAACAGUAACAUGAAAUGAGGAGAUAUCACUCCUGAAACAAUGAGUUCAAAAUCAAGCUACAAAGUUGCAAUAGAGACAAAAUAUGAUAUAUCUGUAGAGUCACAAUGCCUUCCAGGAUCAUCAUAAACAUGCAGGCUUUUAAUAAACAAACAAAACUAUUAGCCAAAUAUGUAUGUUAAUUUUAGCUACAUAUAAGUUGGAUACACUUUUUUAUUGCAAUAAAAUAUUAAUGCUAAAAUGUUAUUCUGAUAGACCUCAGAGCGCCACAGCUCUGCAGUGUUUUAGCCUCUUUCAGCUUAUUGUUUCAGUUUUCUGGCCCUCAACGCUUCAUGUUCUGGUUCAUCAUUUAAGGCUUUGGUAGAUAAAACAACGGCCUGUUUACUGCAUGACCAGCAUCAGAAGACACAGACACAAUCAGGGUCUUUCUAGUAAACAUAGUGGACAUAUUUAUCCCUCAGGACUUGUUGGAGUCCAAGAACAGAGCUCAAAGAUCAUGAAUAUUUGAUCAAAGUUGACAUAAAUCAAAACACCAAGUGUCUGUUCAAAUGGCUUCUCUCAGUGGAGCUUGCAGGUUUAACAUUUAAAGUUUUUUAAUGUUUCAUAAAGUUGUUCAUCACGAGACAAAAGCAGCUAAAUGCUGGUUUUCUAGACUCCUGCACUUAUGGUAGAAACCUUCAAAGUGAAACCAACAUGGACUACAGCCUUUUAUAUCUGAAUGAUGAGAGACACAUGCCAGCCUCAUGAUGCAUUCAGGAUCACUCAGUGAAACCAGGUGACCCAAAGAGAGCUGAUGAAUUUGAAUCAUGGUCCAGACCUUAGCUCUCUACCUCAACACUUUUUAUUGGUUAAAAAUCUGCAGUUUGACUUUUUAUAUCCUGUAUUUAUUUAAGAAUCGAAUAGAUUUGUUGACUUUGUUUUCUCUCUAGAUUAUUUGUUAUUGUUUUAUUGUAUAAUCUUUACAGGGAUUUUGAGACUGAUCUAAUCAUGUUCACUGUUAGCUGUAAUUAAUUUGAUUGUUUGGACUUUUAUGAGCUAAUUCACCAAUCUUUCUAUCCAAAUAACAUUUUUCUUACUGUGGUGCACCAGCGACUUUAGUCCAGAACAACCUCACUGGGUUUGCACAUUUGACCUCUUUUGAAUGAAAACUGUUUAACCAAACCAAAAACAUGUUGUGAACUGAUGAUGAGUUUUUUUUAUUAUAUAUAUUUGAACUCCAGUGUGUUAAGAACAUCAUGCAGAGGUUGGACUUUGACAUGUUGCACAGUGUCUAAUGUGGGAGACUUGUUUCCUUUAAAAGCUUCAAAGGUGAUAAAAGGAAACAGUUUUGAUCAUUUCUUUGCCAGUUGCUGUCGUUCAGUGUCCUCGAUGAAAUAAUUUGCUGCUUUACUUUGAAACUAAACGUUUUAAAUGUUGGUUGUGGUCAAUAAAAAAAAAACUGUUGCCUUUUUGAGACGGCACUUUGACAGAUUGUGGUGAGCAUUUUUCACAUUUGUUGGACAUAUUAGAGACUAAAUGAUUGAUCAAUUAAUUAUGAAUUAUCAUCUUUGAAUUCAGCACUAAAAGAAUAAUAAGUAAACAAAGACAACCAUACAUCACAGUAAUAAGAACAUUUGCUUUGUGAAGCAGUCAUGAUGAAGCAUACAUCACUGGUGUGCUGGAUUAAAUCAGUUUGCAUGAGUGUCUAUUAUUCCCUAAACCUUACUGAUUCUAGUUUUCUCUUACUGUUCACAUGUCUCUAGAUGAUGAUUGUACAAACAUGUUUUUUUUAUAUCUCUGUUCAAAUGGAUCAUGUUAACUUGCCUGGAGGUUGCUGAAUCUUAUUGUCUGUGUCUGACCACAUGUUACUGUCAGAUCAUUUACCUCAUUGGUUGAUUGUUUAGGAUUCCUGAUGGUGCUAAGCUAACGGUGCUAACUUUGCAUGUACAUUUCGGUUUUGGUUUCUUAAGACCUAAGCAAACUUUUCUCCUAGGAUGUGUUUGUGUUGUGUGAUUGUUCAGACUGUUAGUGUGUUUGUUUCUUAUGAAAUGAUGAAGUGAUGUCUGGAAAUAUAAAGGCGAUGCAUUGGACAUUUCUUCUGUGGAAACAACUAAUGUCAUGUUAGAAUGAAUUAAAUAAAAUGUUUGACUCAG